AUGGCUGCACUAUCUCGCCUGGUGUGCCUCUUGACAUACGUCUCCCUUGUCCUGGCCAACACGGAGAAGAUCGUCUUCAAGGGGCCCCGGACCAUCAACGUCCCCUCCCAGCACCCGACCAUCAACGACCUCCAGCUCGACGUCCUAGCGCCGGCCCAGCCGUCCAUAAGAACUCGUCUUCGCGCAGCCUUCCCCAGCGAAUCCUCGGCCAGAGGCCCGUCGACAUGGUUUCUGCUCGACGACCUCAAGCCCGGCCAGCGAUAUGAAGUUCGCGUCUGCUGGGCAGCUACCCAGCCGACAGCUUUCCAUCUGAAAGCUAUCCCUGUCCCCCUGGUCUGGGACACGCCCGAGCUCAUCACUUCACUGUGGGACUACUCGACGUCCCGCCUCCAAGAGGCCGGCGACGCAGAACAGAAGACGCAGCCCAAGGAGAAAAAGGCCGACCGUGAGGCGUCUGUUCUUUUCCUCCAGGUCUCGGCCGCUGCCGAUUACUACACCACCGACGCCAAGCUGAUGGAGAAUGUGCCACCAGUCGACGUGGACGUCAUCCUCGACCCCUACAUCCUCAAUAUACUCCCUCAAUCCAUGGUGCCGACCAUCUGCUAUGUCAUCGUGAUAUCCACCAUCGCCUGGCUGGUUGCGCAGCAAAUCGCCGGGUGGCUGCGCAGGGUUGCUCUCAGCGGAGCUGACAAGGAGAAAAAGACGCAAUAG